CUUGUCUUUAACAGAUGCUGGCUCUGAGGCUCAUCUCAGUCAGUCAUGGCUCUCUCUGUGGCACAGAUAAGAACAUGGAAACUGUUUGCCUGCCUGAGUUGUCUGUGUGUGGGUCAAGUGUUGGCAAAUCCGCAGUAUAUGGUCGCCAUUCCUGCGGUUCUCGAAGCUGGAGCUGAAACCAAAUUCUGUGCGAGUCUAAUGCAGCCCAACGAGAAUCUGCUCAUGACCGUCACUCUGAUCUCCCAAGAGGGGAACACAACCCUCUUCCAGAAGGCAUCCAGUGAAGCGUUUCAUACCUGCGUUGCAUUUCAGGUUCCUAUUGUGCAGCAUGAAGAGGUGCAGAGGUUUCAGGUGGAGGUACAAGGUGACACGUUUUACUCAAAAGACGUCAGGAAAGUCAAGAUCCAAUUCCAUCCACUGAUGACAUUCAUCCAAACAGAUAAACCAAUCUACCUUCCUGGACAAACAGUGCAUUUCAGAGUCAUUACACUGGACUCCAGGCUGAGACCUGCCAGUCGGCUGUACAAUUUCAUCGAAAUCAAGGAUGCUUUCAACAACAGGAUUGGACAGUGGCUGAACAAAAGCUCGGAUGGUAAAAUAUUGCAGCUUUCUUACUCCUUGAACUCUGAGGUCCGUACAGGAAUCUACCAAAUUUCUGUGGCGACUGAUAGACAGAUAAUGACUUACAACUUCAAGGUGGAGCGAUAUGUUUUGCCCAAAUUUGAGUUAAAAAUAAGUGCACCUGAUGAACUAAACGUUGGACAGGAAGAAUUCAAAACUGAAGUGUGUCUAAAAUAUACAUAUGGACAGGCUGUGCCAGGCAGUGUGGAAGUUAAGGUGUGCCAACCUCUUGAACACAAUCACUAUGGCUUCUACCACCAUAGCAGGGUCCAUCAGUUAAAGGCCCCAUGCUCCAAUGAGAGAAAGCAGGCAGACAAGAAAGGCUGUGCCACUUUUACCUUCAAGAUGUCCACUUUCACAAAAUUGGACCAGUGGGUGUUGAAAGAUGAACUGGAUUUCUCUGCAAAAGGGGAAGAGGAGGGGACUGGUAUUUCAGUUUCACAUGCAAAGCGUUUACUUCUUUCUUAUCAAGCUGGGACACUGUCCUUUAUUGAUACACCUACGAUUUAUGACCAAGGAUCAAAUGUGAAGGCUAAGGUUAAAGCAGUUCACUACAAUAAUACUCCCAUUCCUGACAUGGUGGUCUACGUGUCUACGGGUGAAUUAUGGUUCACACAUCCGCUACAGAACCUCACAACUGGCAGUGAUGGUAUCGCUGCUUUUUCGUUAAAUACAUCUAACUUCAAUGGCCGCAUCCAUCUGCAUGUAAGCAGCACACCGAUACCACAGCGUCAUGUGCAUAAAACUCCAUUCUAUAAGGCUGGAGAUCACACACUGUAUAUGGCCCAACUUUCUUCUCCUCACACUGUAUCAGUCAGCUCCAUGAAUGUGAAGAGCAAGGAUAAGCAACUUUCCUGUGAUGGAGAAGAGGAGAUCUCCAUCCAAUACACUGUAGUGGGAGAAACCCAGGGCUCUGUGAAUGUGAUAUAUCUGGUUUUAUCCAGAGGAGCCAUUGUCAUGCAAGGACUUAAAACAAUUGAAGUGCAAGAUAAAUCAGUGAGUGCGGGUGAGGUGUCCAUUAUGUUGAAAAUGUCUCCAGAGAUGACACCAGACAUCCAGGUUGUGGCUUAUGCUGUCCUCCCCAGUGAAAACGUGAUUUCCAGCUCUGCUGACUUCCAUACUGAGAAAUGCUUCAGUCAUAAGGUGUCACUGGAGUUUUCCCCGUCCUCAGCUGUCCCGGGAGAACAGACCACCAUGCAGGUAACAGCCCAGCCAGGCUCUCUUUGUGGAAUAAGCGCUGUUGACCAGAGCGUCCUCAUCAUGGAGCCAGGGAAGAAAAUGAAUACAGACAAGAUAUUUGAGAAGUUGCCUGUCAGAAAAGCAUCCCAUAUUCCAUACGAGGCUCGAGAUCCUGUAGAGUGUUUGCAUGUGAGACCAAGAAGAUUCAUUUAUCCAAGUCGUAUUGUGGCAGGUGACGCUCAUAUAACUUUCCAGCUUGUAGGACUGAAGAUGGCAACUAAUUUGAUCAUUUUAACACCUACAUGCCUCAGGUUUGAAGGAAGAGAAUACCGCAUCACUGAAAAUCAUGUCGUACAUCAUUACGGCCAAUCCGGUCGACAAGGCGAGACGGGGAGAGUGGAAACACGGCAUGACAUGGUGUUAUAUGGAGACUUGGUGGAAGUCUACCCUUUUGUACCACCAAUAGAGACAGUCCGCUCUUUUUUCCCUGAAACUUGGAUAUGGAACCUGGUAGAAGUUGGGGAGUCUGGGACAAAGGAUGUGUCCCUCACUGUCCCAGACACCAUCACCACCUGGGAGACGGAGGCUUUCUGUUUGUCCCCUCAGGGUUUCGGCUUGGCUCCUCGUCAAAAUAUCACUGUCUUCCAGCCCUUCUUCCUGGAGCUCACCCUGCCCUACUCCAUCAUCCGGGGCGAGCACUUUGAACUGAAGGCAACCGUCUUCAACUACCUGACCAAAUGCAUCAUGGUCAGUGUGACUCCAGCACCCUCCUUAGAUUACACCCUCACCCCCCUGUCUGGUGACCAGUACACAUCCUGUUUGUGUGGCAACGAGCACAAGACCCUCAGCUGGACAAUGGCCCCCUCAGCCUUAGGGGUUGUGAAUGUGUCCGUGACUGCUGAGGCUAUGGCAUCCAACAUUUUAUGUGACAACGAGAUUGUGAGUGUGCCAGACAGAGGUCGUGUCGAUGUAGUCACACGAUCUCUCAUAGUAAAGGCUGAGGGAACUGAGAUGACAAAGACCUACAACUGGCUGCUCUGCCCAAAAGGAGAGGCUCUGACUGAGGAAAUAGACAUACAGCUUCCUGAGAAUGUGAUUGAUGGAUCUGCCCGUGCUUCACUGUCAGUCCUCGGCGACAUCCUGGGACGAGCCCUGAAAAACCUGCAUAGGCUGCUACGGAUACCAUGUGGAAAUGGGGAGCAAAACAUGGCGCUCCUGGCCUCCAACAUCUACAUCCUUCAGUACCUGAAAAAUACACAGCAGCUGACCCCAGCCAUCUUGGAAAAAGCCACAAAAUUAAUGACCAGUGGCUACCAGAGGCAACUGAACUACAAGCACGAAAAUGAUGCUUACAGUACAUUUGGGUCAGGAAUCGGAAACUCUUGGCUGACGGCUUUUGUGGUGAGAUCUUUUGCCAAAGCACAGUCUUUCAUCUACAUCAACCCGAAAAAUAUUGAAAAGUCCAAGACUUGGCUCCAGAGUAAACAACAAGAAAAUGGCUGCUUCCAACAGUUUGGAAAACUCUUCAACAACAGAAUGCAGGGUGGUGUGUCUGAUGAAGUGACUCUCACUGCUUAUAUCACUGCUGCCUUCUUGGAGAUGAAUAACUCUGUUGAUGAUCCUGCAGUGAAGAAGAGCCUCUCUUGCCUUAAAGAGUCCAUCAGUGACCUCAGCAACACCUACACUACAGCUCUGCUGGCGUACGUCUUCACCCUGGCAGGAGACUCAGAGACCCGUGCUCACCUUCUGCAGCACCUGGACACAGUCGCAUUAAAACAAGGGGGUUUCCUCCAGUGGUCUCAGACAGCAACAGAAACUUCAGCCUCUCUGUCUGUGGAGAUCAGCUCCUAUGUGCUGCUGGCCAGACUCAGUGCGUCCCCCACGACUGAAGACCUGGGCUACACCACUCGCAUCGUCAGAUGGCUGACGAGCCAGCAGAACUAUUAUGGAGGCUUCUGCUCCACACAGGACACAGUGGUGGCUCUUCAGGCUCUGGCUCUUUACUCCACUCUGGUGUUCAGUCCAGACGGUUCAAGCACAGUGACGGUCCAGUCCCCCAGUGGCCAGCUGACAUUUGACGUGAACCAGGACAACAAACUGCUCUACCAGGAGAAGACGCUGCAGGACACGUCAGGAAAGUACAGCCUGGAGGUGAAGGGCACUGCAUGUGCGUCAGUGCAGAUUGCUCUUCACUACAACAUCCCAACUCCUAUAGAUGACACCACUAUCAGUGUCAAGGUCAGAUCAGAGACCAACUGCACCACCAAAUCUCAGAGACCCAAGCUCACUCUGAGCUUCACCUCCUUAUAUCGUGGAAAGGGGAUCAUUACAAACUUGGUGAUCCUGGAGAUCAAAAUGCUUUCUGGUUUUGUCCCAGACCAAGAGUCUUUGAAGCAGCUCAGAGGUUCCUUUCUGGUGAGUCAAGUUGAACAGAAGGAGGAUCAGGUUCUGGUGUACAUAUGGCAGUUACCACAGGGUAGAGCCAUCGACCACAGAUUAGUGCUCAAACAGAAGCUGCCAGUGCAGAACCUGAAGCCAGCUGUGGUCCAGAUCUAUGACUACUACCAGCCAAGUGACCAGGCUAAGACAGAAUACAUCUACCCUUGUGCUGCAGCUUGAAGACUGAUGCGUUCUCUAUGAUUCCAGUACAGUUUUUUAAAUGAAGAAUAAGUUACAUGUCUGCUUCUGUAUAUGUACCUGCAUUAAUUAAUCGGCCACCUUGGAGCAGUUUGAAAAGAGCAACAUUAGCAUUCAUUUGGACUUGUGUUUGUGUUCGCUUGAUGAAUUUAAGUUCAAUAUUCACUCUCCUGAUCUGGCUCUUUAGCUGCUAAAUGCACCACCAUGUUGUUGUAGUUGCUAAGGUUGUAGGUUCUUGUAGGUUCAGCAGAUGGACUGUAGCAAAACAAAAGGCCAUAUCUGCUGAAAAGGAGGUUGAUCAUAGGAGUGAGACUGAACUGAAACGGUAAAGCUGCAGGUCUUAAACCCAAAACAUUUAGCUGGAAAACAACACAACGCUCUGUGAUUAACAGGGAACAGCAGCUGAGUUCUAAUUGUCUCAGGUUUGCACAUUGCACAUAAACAUUUGAUCAAAUGCUAAUAUCAAAACAUUUAUAAAGUGCAGCUUUAGGGAAGUUUGUAUCAAAUGUCACUUGUUUUAGCCUUCUUUCCAUAGUGUUCCUCAGCUUCUCUGGCUGAGUCCCACAGCCAACAGUUUGCCAUUUCCAGCAAACAAGCUCAGGGAAGCCACAUGUACACCACCUGUCCAGCAUCAAACAGCAGAAAGCAGUUAUUAUGGUUGGAGUAAAAUAAAGCAGAGGUAAAGUGAGAGAAAAUUGGAUUUUGCAUCAGGUAGACAGAAACACAUCUCUGACAUGAUGAUGAUACUACUGUCUUGUGUCUGCUGGAUGUGUAAGAUGGCAAGUGUUUGCUAAUAAGUUGAUAAGGUAACAGUAUAUCAAGGGCUUGCUGCAAGAAGCAGGAGUUAUCUGGAUGACUUUGCUGAGUAAACCCUCUGAAGACUGGGACAUGGACUGCUGUAUUAAGUGUAAACACAGUACACCUGGCUUUUGGAGGAGGAGGACCAUGGGCCACAUGUUCUCAAAGUUUCCAAACACAAACUCUGCUUUGAACACUCCAGUUCAGUCACAGAUACUUGCCUUAUUGAAGCCCUGUUAAAGUCAUAAUUAAAAGUUGCAGUACCACUACAGUCGACACACCAGCUGACACAAGAAGGAGAAAACAUAAAUGCCAACCAGGACACACUCAACAGCUGGUGAUAAAUUAAGACCAAUCCCAGCAGUGACAGUCGUUUAUUGAACUUGAAGAAGGUAAUCUCCUUUUCCACUCUUCCUUUUCCCACUGAGUAUGUGCAACAGUGCUGCCUCCACUUGGAUUCAGCUCUACACUGCAAUACUUAAAUAGUUUAGGAAAAUUUUUACUUAACUCUCUUUCUCAUCUUCAGCAAAGCAGAAAUGUAUGUAACAUUGUUUUAAUCUUGUCUGAGACAUAUACAUCAAGUUGUAUGGUGAAAUUUAAAAAAAAAUAUUCUGCAUUAUACAUACAAUUACUACAUAUGCAGGCAUUACACUAAAUAUUAAGGCCCAUUUUCAGAUAAAACUCAGCAGUUUUAAGACCACAGAUCUUCAUUUCUGCUACUAUCAGUCAUGUUG